AUGAUGAUUGGCCGAUGAUGAAAGUGAACAAUUUCUGACUGAUUUUGCGUUCUGUCAGCACAGUGUCACUGUCAAAGUCAGCACCCCGAGAACGAACUGAGUUAGAAAUUUGUCCAGAGUUAUAUCAUCACUUGAUAUCAACUAUUUCGGUGGAUUUUUAGACUCUCGGCAGGUCUACGGAACGGAACGAUGGCUGCAAGGCGAUUCUGGGCAUCCCUUUUCCCGACCGUGAAGGCACAGGAAGAGGAAGUUGUUGACCCGCAGGUCGUUCUACGGGAAAAGUGCGCUGAACACGGAACAGCUCCCCAGCUUUGGGAGAAAUACCAGGCGUGCAAUGACCGCGUCAACAGCCGAUCGAACACCACCGAAACCUGCGUUGAAGAACUGUUUGACUAUCUGCACGAAUUGGACCACUGCGUAACGAAGACCUUGUUCUCCAAGCUGAAGUAAACCAACGGGAAGCAAGGAGAGGCUUAGGAUUCUUUAUUUAGUCUACCCUUCAAACAAAAAUCGUUCGGUACACUGUAAACGAACAACAAAUGUGGUGUCUAACAUUUUGGUGAAAUAGUUCGAAAUAUGUUCAAAGAACUCGGUAAAUAAAGCCUCCUAUCAGAAAGGAUGAA